AGAAGAAGAAGAAGAAGAAGAAGAAGAAGAAGAAGAAGAAGAAGAAGAAGAAGAAAGAGGACGAGAAACAGGACGAGAAAAAGAAGACGAAAAAGAAGAAGUGGAAAGAUUAAGGGAGGAGGAAGAGUAGAUUGAGAAAAAGGAGGAGAAGAAACUACGAAGGAGAGGAAGAAGGUGAAGCAAGAGCAGAAGGGAGAGAAGGAGAACUCGAACAAGGACAGUAGCAACAAAAACAACGAAAUUAAUAACAAAAAAAAAACAAAGAAUUAAAAUCAAUAACAGUAACAACAACAGCAACGGCAACAAGAAACAAAGAAUUAAAAUCAACAACAGUAACAACAACUAGAACAGAAUUAAGACCACCCAAUUUCUGCCCGUCAACCGAUGCUGCAAAAGCACGCGUUGGCAACUGCACCCCUUCCAUGCCGUGACCGCCGCGAGCUGUGUUGUUGCCCCCGAGGUUGCCAGUCGCUAUGACCUCGCCUCGCCGCCAGGACCUUGUCUGAGAAGCGCUGACCUGUUUUCUUCGGUUUUAUUUCGACGGGACGGAGCUCAGUGAAUGUCGGGUCUGGGGGGCUCCGGUAGGGGAGUAGGUGAGGAGAGGCGGAGAGGAGGAGACCUCGGUACCCGCAUCACACGUUCCACGUCGCUGCUGCCAACGCCAUCAGAAACCACCGCGUCGGUCGAAGCUCUUGCCGAUACUGCUGCUGCUGCCGCCGUCGUAGCCGCCUCUGCUGUGACUGUCGUCGUCGCUUUUUCUACAGCUGCCGUCGCUGAUUUCGUCGCUGCUUCUGUCGCCGCCGCGUCUGCUGUGCGCUGUGACCAGGUGAGCCCAGGCAGCGCGUCGCCCGUGUCACGCUCCAGUGACUUUUCAGAUGGCGAAAGCGGCGAAGUCGUGGCGCAUCGUGGUACUGCUGGUGCUGGUGCUGUCUCUCGCCGUCCUCUCGUCGCCCAGCCCUCCACCAAAGCCGUGCCCCACACCCUCUCCCGCGGGCACUCCCGCUGAGAGCCAGGCCGCCUUCGACAACCCACACCUGAAGGAGCUCUUCCGCAGGUACGGCCAGGGGGACGUCCUCACCCCCGAGGGCCUGCACAAGCUCCUGCUCAGCCUCGGCCUCCAAUUCGAGGACGACCACGACCAUCUCCAUCACACACACGACCACCAGAACCUCCCCGACGACCCCCUCGGCCUACCGACGACGAGGAAGGACGACCCGGAGGAGGAAGACCACUUCCACGACGACCACCACCACGCACACGAUGACCACGUGACCCACGACCAUAGCCCGGACGACCACAACCGGAGGCAGAAGGACCACCAGGCGGACAGCGACGGCCGCAAUCACGGCGAUGAGCCCAAACUAGACGGCAGGGCGGACGACCCGUACUCCACCGUCGUCGUCGUCGACCACCCGCGCAGCAACCACCUCGGCGACCCGCACGACCUCCUCGGCGGCCACAUCGACGACCGCUUACACGACGACCAUCGCCACUCCGAGGAUGGCCAUCUAGACAACAACCACCAUCGGGACGGGCACGCGGACGACUCUCUCUCGCGCCGGUCGUCCCCGUCGUCGUCGUCGUCGUCGUCGUCGCCGUCCAGAUCCGUGCACGAAAGCGACGCCACGGGUCAAGCCGCCAGAGGUCGUGCCAGGUCAGGGCGGACCGGGACACCACGCGACCCAGGCCCUGCUAAUGCCACGAGCGACCCGGAAGCAUCGCCGCGUGUCAAUUCUUCUGCGCCUGCAUCCUCGACGCCCCCCCCUCCUGCCCCGUCUGCCGCUGCAACACUUCAUCCUCGAACUAUUACUACGGUGACCACGCGAUCUCCAGCUUCCCCCAAGUGCAAGGGCGUCUCCGACCUGUUGCAGACCUCAGGGUUGACCCCCGGCGACUGUCUGACUCCCACGGGGUUCCUCGCCCUCUGCCCAGGUCUCAUCUUGUACCUCGACGCCUGCAGGAUGGAUGACGACGCCCACGACCACGCCCACGCGCCCACGACGACAUCGCAUCAUCACCACCACCAUGGCCACGAGGGCGGCGAUGAGUUCUCUGCAGACAACUGGAUUGGCGCAAUCACCAGCAUGGUUGUCAUUGGCUUGGUGGGCCUCGCGUGCAUCAUGUUGAUCCCAGCCCUGAAGAGGAGCCAGUACUAUGACCAGGUGAACCACUUCCUGCUCGCCCUGGCUGUCGGAACCCUGGCUGGAGACGCCUUGAUUCAUCUUCUCCCGCACGCCAUCAGCAUGGAAGCACCCCAAGGUAGCAACCCUACCCUCCUGCAUUCCUUCUACGGCUUCACUGCCCUUGGCGGCAUCGUCAUCUUCCUGUUCCUGGAGCGCUGUCACAACCUGUUCUGCGGGCACGGUCACGGCCAUGGGCACAGUCAUGGCUUGGGGCUUGAUCUCAGCAAGAGUAAGGAGGACAUAGACAAAGAAACAGUUGGUACAACGACAACUCUUGAAGAUUCGGCCAGUCAGAUAACAGACAAGAUUGGAGAGAAGCUAUCAAAACAUUCCAAACACAAUUCCUUUAUCUAUGCAGAAAGCACCAUGACACUUGAAGCCCAGAACUGUUUUGAGGGUUGCAGCUCAAAUGUGAGUCCGAGUAGUGAUGCCAAUGGAAACAACGGUCCGAACAGAAGCCGAUUCGGAGAUGACCAGCAGCCAACCCUGCCCGAGAAGCAGGGACUGGUCUCGUCAGGUGACAGGGACUCUGAGGUAGCAUCCAUUGACAAGCAUGUGGCAAUGUGUGCAGAGAAGGAGAAGCUAGCCUGCAGUGCAUCAGAGAAGGAGAGCCUGGUCACGACACCUGCUGACAAGUCAGAGAUAGGUAGAGAACUCUCCCUAAUUCUGGACACCCCGUCGUCUGGGAGGCCAAAAGUCCUUCGGCAAAACAGCUCCAGCUUCAACAUGGUCUUACAGGAGUACCACGUGGGCCAUCAUGGCCAUUCCCACCACGGCCAUUCUCAUGUGACAGGUCGCAAGGAUUCUCUCCGAGCCAUGAUCCUGGUAGGCGAUGCUAUGCACACAUUCCUGGAUGGCAUGGCAAUUGGGGCAGCUUUCGGAACUAGCGUGACAGGGGGUGUGGCAACCUCCAUUGCCGUUUUAUGCCAUGAGCUGCCACAUAAAGUUGGGGACUUCGCGCUCCUCUUUGAGAUGGGAAUGCACCUGCAACAAGCCGUAAAAAUGAUGGCCCUUCUGUGGGUGUUGAGCUUGGCCGGUCUUCUUCUGGGGGUCAUGCUCGGCUCCAUCCCAACUGCGUCGCCUUGGAUCUAUUCCUUCACGGCUGGAGUGUUUAUCUAUCUGGCGCUUGUGGAUCUGCUUUCAGAGUUAUCGGUGCAGAGAGGAGAGAAGUUUGGCGUGGCAGGCCAGUUGCUCCUCCAAGGACUCGGCAUGCUCACAGGUGCCGUCAUCAUGCUCAUCAUCGCCAUCUACGAGCAUGACUUGGAGGACCUUCUCAGGGGCUCCUUUUAAAGGCACACUACAGUUAUGCAGCUAGUGUGGUGCUUAAACAUCACCAGAUGCAUCUUCCACAAAUAUUUUUUUUUUUUUCUUGGAAUAAGAAAAGGAAAAGGGUCUUACUUUUUUUUUGUUUCUAUGCUCUUAUGAGUGGUUAUACUGGCAUUGGCAAAUGUGCUUGUGAGGUGUGAUAUUUACUUGAUAGACUCACAGCGUUCAGAUGGAUGUUUUGUGCGGCGAAGUUCGCUUGGAGGUUGUCCAAGCUUUCAAAUAUGACAAUAGUAAGUGUACAAUAACACUAAGCAGAUGAAAGGCUAAGGUUGUAUUUCUUUAAUGACAUAAGGAUUACCAGAUAAGGAAGUUUUCAAAGAUACAAAUGUGAUAUAAACCCAGUGACUGCACAAAACUAUGUGAUCUAAAACCCACGUAUAAGUGAGCUGAGCAAAAACUCCUCGAUGAAUUCCGAGUGAGGAAACUAUGCUGGAUCCAUGGCUUUUAGAGUCGGACUCAAAACGGCCGGCAGAUCCAAACGGUCUAUAGAUAUAUGCUGAGCUUUUGUUUUAAGAUACAGUGAGUGCAAUCUGUUCUUCGUGGAAAAAAAACAACAACUACAACACUUAAUGCAGCUCUUCCUGGAUCAUGAAAAGUGAACUGUUCAUCUUCGCUUAAACUUUCGAUGUGGCUUUUCAUUUAGCUGGAUAUGUAAGGACAAGCAUUAUAAAGCCAUACAUAGUUUAAAUGUGUAGAUUACGGAGAUAUUCAUCAUCACAUCACUGUAGAGACGGAUUCCUUUUUUCCAAGUUAGCGAUUCUCUUUUUAGAGGUGGGAGGGGCAGGCUACAGUCUCUAGGUACAGUUUAUAGAGCUUUUGGGGGUUGGGGGAUGGGCGAAUGGUGUGAAAAAAACAAAAACAAAAAAAAACAGAACAAAAAACUUGCCUUACAGUAACCGCAGUCUGAAGUGUCAUGAGAUUGGCAUGACGAGUUCCUAUGGUUCUGCUCAUAUAUAUUUUUUUUCUCUCUCAGUCCAUAUUAUUUUUUUUUCUCUCUUCAUUGUAUACUGGGCUUAUUGUCUGGAAAAGGGCUAGACCAAUGAUAAAAAAAAAGGAUGAAUAACAUGUAUACUGAUGAAACAAAACUGACAAUGCCGUGGGAUGCAAUAAUGAUAAUGGUAAAAAGUUUAAAAGAUAAAAAUGAUAGACAUUUGGUAGAGGAAGAAACAGGGUUUACAGCAGUGAUAAAUUUUUAAUAUCAGUGUAAGUUUCAUUUGUGUAAUAAUUAACCAUGGCUAAUGAUACUUCAAAAGCGUUUACCUUAUCAUAAUAUGAGAGAAAACUAACAUGUCUUAGAUGAAUAUUAUAACCAUAAGGUGUUAAAGAACAAUUUUAUACAUUAUUCCCCUCCUCCUCCUCCCCUUGAUAAUAAAGUUACAUUUUCUCACAUUUUGCAGAGAAUGUAGGGGCCACUCCUUGUAUAUUAGCCUAAUCUUGAAUUUAGUACAUCUAAUUUAAGGUAAAUCCCAUUUGGAUGCAUAUUUCAUGCCCAUUGAAUUAUCAGGUAUCAAUAUGGUAUUGUUCUCUUUCCUCAUGAUUCAUGCAUAUUAAAGAUGAAAAGUAUUUAAGAUGAUAAUGCAUUCAUACACAUGACAAAAUGACAAGUGACAAAAAAAAGGAAAGUUAAAGAACAAAAGUAACAUUAAAAUAAUUAUAUUUAUAAAGUUCACACACACACACACACACACACACACACACACACACACACACACACACACACACACACACACACACACACACACACACACACACACACACACACACACACACACACACACACACAUAUAUACAUAUACACAUACAUAUACACACACACACAUAUAUACACACACACAUAUAUACACACACACACAUAUAUACACACACACACAUAUAUACACACACACACAUAUAUACACACACACACAUAUAUACACACACACACAUAUACACACACACAUAUAUACACACACACACAUACACACACAUUUUGUUAAUAAAAAAAAAUCCAAUAUUUUAAGUUCUUGGUCAUACUGUACUUAUUGAAUACAUUACAAGCAUAAAGCCUUAUAGUCAUUGCUCAAUAUUAAUUUUUAGUAUUGUUAGAUAUAUCUCCUUAAUAUUUGUUUCAUUUGUCAUUUGUUUUAAGCUCUUGACUUUGGCAUUUGUAAGGAGUUAUCUUACCCAUGCAUAUCUAAAGGUAUUUGUUAAUAUUUCCUCUUUUAUUUUUAUUUAUUUUUUUGUGUGCAGAUAUUCAGAAAAGGUUUCAUGAUUUCUUAUAUAGGAGAUGUUCUGUGCUAUAUUCAACGCCUGUGAGAUUCUGCGAUUCCUUACAUUCUGUGUCUCCGAUAUUAUAUUGUUGUCUUUUGUGAGUUACGUAGCCUUCACUGAUAAAAUACAAAUCCAAUAUCCAGUAUUCAUGUAUAUGUUGUAGUACAUUGUAGGCCCAGUUAGUAUUUUGAACUCUUGAAAUUUUGGUUAAACGAAAACUUCUAUUAAGUGAAUUAUACUGAUUCUUAAAUGUUUUUUAUAAUCUCGUUCCCAUUUGUGGGUAAAAAUGAAUGGAUGAAAAAUUACUCCACUAUCCAGUCCAUGAAGGUGCUACAUAUUUUCCAUAAAAAAGAAAAAGAAUUUCAAAAAAAAGAAUAGGUCUGUAAGAAACGGAAAGCAGUUUUUGCCGCAUUGAUAAGAAAAACUGACUUGAAGAAAAAAAACAAAAAACAGAUAUCAAUGGAAAUUACCUUUGUCAUACAACAGUUUCAUUCAGUUGACUCGGAACAAAACAUAUCGCAUCUGCCUCUUAUGAGAAAAAAUUACCCCCUAGAAUCUUUCUCUUUUGAAUGUUUAUGCAAAACAGCAGUGGUACUUUUAGUUGAUAAAAUGCAUAAUUGGAUGGUUGGGUGACUUGACUUGACUUGUCUUUGUCCUUACGUGAGUCACGUAACUGUCACGUACUGCUCUGAGUUAGCAAGGUGAAAUUCCGAAACUUUAUAUUUUUUAUUUUAUUCAGCCAUUUGAAAUGGGAAGUUCACUUUCUCUUCGUGGUAAAAUGAUAAAGAAAAAGAUGAUUAAAAGAAUAUGCUUAUACUGUCAGUGUAAUGAAACAUCUUUUUUUGUUCAUUUUCCUUGGAUCUUUUUGAUGUGCUUAUUAUGCAUGGAGGAGUAGAGCAGCUGCAUAUCUGAAAUAAGCUAAGGUUUUUUCUCUUUUAUCUUUGUGUGCAUGAUGUGUUUUAAUUAAUAUGAAUUAAUAUGAAUGAGUCCCUUUAAAAAACAAAAAAACAAAGAAAUGUUUAUUUUUUUGGCACUGUGCUUAUCAUUUCAUAUACCAUAUUAUUAUAUUUCAUCAGAGAAACUCUGAUAUUUAUCCCCUAAGUUACCUAUAAUUCAUUUAUGUUACUGCCAUUAGUUGUAUUAUUCUUUUCUUAUUAACAUGAAGCUAGUUUCUGUACUUAUAUACAGCUUUUACAGUUUACAAUUCAAAUUCUUCUUUUUCUUGGCAUAUAGAUUAUGUACUUGUUCAGCAAGUAGAGGAGAUUGUGCUGUUAUAUGUAUAAUGGUAAAUACAGUAUGCUAGGUAAGAAAAAAAAAAUUAUAUACCCUUUUUGCAUUAUAAUUUGAUAGCAGAGAAAUUAAAAUAUUCAUAGCAUUUAUUUUGAUAUGAAUUUUUAUAUGCAAUUGGAAAGGUUAGAGAGAGAGAGAGAGAGAGAGAGAGAGAGAGAUAGGCAAAGUAUAUAUCAACUUGUAAAAAUACUAAUGUGGAUUAUCUUCAUGAUUUUAAAAAAAUUGUACAUUGGUGUAGUGUCAUAUGCAAAAAAGGGUAGAAAAAAAUUGGUGUCAGUAUUUUUUUUUUCUUUUUUUUUUUUACAUUUUUUUGCAUAAGAAAAGACGUGAGAUACUGCACUUAGAGAUACGUAGUUGAUAUAUAGUAGAGACAGACAUCACUAUUACUGAAAUUUACUCUCAUCAGAAAAUAACCGGUUAGUGCUGCAUCUCGUCUACGCAUUUAGUGCUGUCGUGUUAUCGCACCAUAUUUAUGAUGCUUACCAUUUAAUUAAUGAAUCUAUGACUAACCCACACCCUUCACUGUAGGAUGUUCCUCUUGUUCCACAGACACACCAGUAUUAACGAGGCUGAGAUAUUUUGUGUCCAAUGUUUUUUGUUUUUUUUUCUUUUUAUUUUGUGUGUAUUGCAAAUGUUGGUUGUCCCUUAGGAAUUAAGGCUUGAAGAGGGAGAUUGACAAAUUAUGAUUACGUAAUUAUUACUGCUAUAUAUAUUUUUUCCACUUUUUUAAUGUGCCCCACCAUUAGUUUUAUUGCUUUAUGAAAAAUGUCUUUUGGUUGUUUAUUUACUUUAUUUUGUAUGGAUUUAUUUCCUGUGACUCUACAUUUCUUCUGUUUUCAGCAAGGAGAAAUCUUUUGUGUAUCCUAUGAUUUAUGGAGAAUGGUUGUUUUUUUUCACCUAUUUGUUCUAAUAAAAUGUCUUUUUCAGGUUUCAUAAUUUAGGGUUUAAUGUGUUCAGUGGGACCAUCUGUCUGCCACGUCUUUCAUUUUCUUUAUUUAUCAAAAUUUGAAUUAUAUCAUCAGCUAGGAGGGGAAAAGGAAAUAAAACAUGAAUUCCCAA